CAAAAGAAUUAGAAAACCAAAGAUUGGAGCAGCGGAAAAAACGAAAAAACUUAGAAAUAAUGAAUUCUAUUAUGAAGUAUCACAACGAAGAAACUAAAGAAAAAAUAAAAUUUUACAAUGAAAACAUCAUCCGACCACUUGAACUCAAAUUAGAAAAAUGUGUUUCGCUGGUGGAAUAUGAAAAAAAUAAAAAUAAUAACAUUCACACAACCGUAAUAGAGUUUGUUCCGGAGUUUAAGGAAAAAAUUGAGAAUGAUAAGUCACAAAUCGAACAACUGGAUAAAACCUUAAGUGUGCAGUAUGCGACAAUGAAACAACUAGAAGAAAGUUAUAAAAAUAUUCAAUUGAAUGUUUUACGCCAAACGGAAAUAAAUUCAUUUAAAGCAGAAAAGUUCAAUAAUAUUUUUGAAUCUAUUUUUAACUAUAGGAUGAAAAUGUUGAAAGUUGCUGAAAUGAAAGAAAAAAAUAUAAUUUUGGAUAGCAAGGUAUUUCAAAAACGGUACGAGAUAAAGAAAAAAAGAGAAGAAUGUUUAAGAAGAGAAAAAGAAUUGAUAGCACAAUUGGAUAAAUUAAAAGAAUCAGUCCGUGAACAAGCAGCAUAUAACAAACAGUUGUCUCAGCAGUAUAUUCAGCUGACAAACAAAUAAAUAUGUACUUCCAUUUUUUUUUUUUUUUUAUUUAGAGUUGAAAAUAUUAAAAUAGAUUAUGAUUAUAAUUAUACAGAUGUUCCUAUAAAUUAGUAAAUUUGUUGUAAAAGAAAUACAAGUCGUGUUCAUUGAAUAAAAGUAACAUCCAGUGACAGUAGGUACUUUUUGGUUCUGAGUCAGAACUCGGCAGUGGCGUGCGCAAAUCCCUUCCCCAGUGUUCAACCACCACCCCUACUGGAUUCCAAACUUACUCUAAAAUAGACCUCACAAAGGAACUACAUAGAUAGGUAUUUUAUAGAAGUCACUAUAUCAUAGCUUCUAUAUUUGCCAAACCUAUUAUCCUUAGUACAUGCCUACACAAAGUAAAAUAAUUCAAAAACCACUCUUUCAAAGUCUGAUGUAUACAUAUAUCAAGAUUUUAAAAAAGUUCUCUAAAUAACAAUUUUCAGGGGAAAAAAAUAUGGAUACGACACAGGACACACUUUAAGUCUUUAAAUGGCGUAAAAAAUCCAAGUAUUUGAAAACUGGUCCUAAUAUAUUGAUAAUAAUUUAUACCUAUUAUGCAUUGAUAAAUUAUUUUAAUAAAUUAUGUAUUAACUAUGUUACCAUUAUUUGCUUUCUGUUUGUUUAUCUAAUUAAGGUUUGAGGUACAAAUUUACAGUAUAAUUCAUAAAUAAAUAAAUUUACUCUUUACAGUCAAUGAGACACUGAGGUCGUAUAGACAAACAUUCAACUUUGUUGUGUAUAAAUUUAAAUGUUUACUAGGUGCGACAGUUUUUACCGUAAGUAAUAAUAAGUGGGUAUUACUGUAUUACUGUCUCAAAAUGGCAGUUAGUCCAAGCCAAUUGAAGGGGAUCAACCAUCAACCUCAAUUUUCCAUGGCACAUGUUUUUGUUUAAGACAUUGUUUGUGAGUGACACUUUUUACUAUCCAUUCAAUGCAUUUUUUUCAUACUUGUUGAUGAUUUUUAGAUCAGUGAUAAAGUUAAAAUAGUUACAUGUACAACUUCUCCUAAGUCCAGAUAGAAAUUGUGUAGGUACAUGUAUACUUUAAGUAAGAAUUCCUCAAUAAUUACUGGUUGUACAUAAGAAAUUAUAACAUUUUUAUUUGAUUUGACCUUUCACUUCUUCGCCAUUAAUAUGCAACUGUGUGUUGUUAAUAAUACUCUGUUAACAAACUCCAUUGUAUUAGCAAAUUCAAAUCUCAAACUGAUAUUCGUGAAUGUUUACUUUAAAAAAAAAACAAUGUAUUUUUAUUAUCAAAUUGUUAUACCAGAAAUAAACUACAUACUUAGAAAUGUCAAAAUAAACUCUGUAAACAUUCCUAGAUAGUUGUAUUUUUUUUCUAUUUCCUUACAUAGUUUGACUAUUAGAUUAAGUCGAUGUAUUAAAUGUGUAAAGGAUU